AUGGCCCUCCCCCGAGAAGAGUGGGCUGAGCGGCAGGGCGUGUGCCCCCAGGUAGGGUGCCCUCAGAACGAGGGGACGUCUACCGCAGAGGCAGGGGCUCUGGCUGCUAAAUGCCCCGGCUGCUCAGCUCUGAUCGUUCAGGGAGAACCCCCUGCGGAUUUGGCUACCAACGACGCCAAGUUCCUUAACCAUAGCCUCUGGGACACGCAUAAUUGCAACGUGGAGAACUGCCCCUUUAAUAAGGAGUCUACGGCCCGGGCUAAAGAGAACCUGGCUGCGAUGAUAUACCGCAUGCAGCAGGGCCCGGAGGAUCCAGUCUUCACUCCGGAAGACGACGAGAAGAUUCUUUCCCUCUCUCGUGCCGGUGACGAUGCGGAGCUCAUUGCGGAGACCAUGGGCAGAGAGUUUGCAGAUGUCCAGGGUCGCUUAGAGUAUUUGGGCAUACUCGAAGAAGAGGUCGUUGAGUAG